GUUUAGUGUCAAAUAAAACAACCGUCUCAUCUGUUUUUAUCUGCAGAACAAAGUGGCACCAAACAGACGACGGUGGAGCAGGUGGAUUGUUCUCAGAGGAGACGUCCUCCUAUAAUCUCUCAACACCAGUAAAGGUUGGUGAAGCUUGUGUCUCCACCAACCUCCACCUCUCCCCUCAUCAAACACCCUGGUCUGCUCCCACCGCUCCUUCCUGCUCUCAGACUAACAUUCCUUCUGUCCCUGCUCCUAAAUCUGCUGAAAGCAGCAGUGAAGAGACACAACAGCGUGAAGAAGAAGACUCCAACCUGGGAGAAGGAUGUGAGCCUUUUAUCAGAAUGAAGGCGAUCCCAGCGAGCAACGCUCCGCCUUCCUCUGGUCCUCUAAAACUCUCCACCACAGGUUCCUGUGAGAGGAAGGAAAAGUCCUGCAGCAGGUCCCGUUCAAGCAGCUUUCCCUCGCCCACUCAUCAACCUUCUGCAGAAAGCAGAGCCCUAAAAAGAUGUGGAAGUUUCCCUGCCGGGAACCUGAGCAGCAGCUUUGAGGAGUUCACACCUGCCUGCACUGAUGAGUCUGCUGGUGAAAGCUACAGGUUCCAGUGCUCCCGUCCAGGUCAGUACCAGUGCAGAGAGACGGCUCUGGUGUUCCACAUGAAGGACGGAGGCCAGGUUCUGUACAGGAUCCUUCCUUGGAGCAGGAGCCAGCUGAGCCCACAUCACAAGAAGCCUGCAGGACCCCUGUUUGACAUCAGGUGUGUGAAGGAGGGGUCCAUGUGUCAGCUUCACCUCCCUCACUGUGAGAUCCGCUCCACAGGGGGAUGUCGCUUCUUGUCGGUCGCUCACGUGAACGAUGAUGGCAUCGAGUUCAUCAGGCCUCAGAAGAUAACAGAAACUCAUGUUGUCAUCAACGUUACGGGGUUUUCUUGUUUCUGUAUCGUCAAAGAUGAAGCCUCUCCCCCUGUUCCGAUCCGAGCGUGGGUUCUACCGUUCUACAAGCCUCCACAGGAUCCAGACACCGAAUACCGCAUUGCUGUACUGUUGCUUCCGGAAAAUGUUUGUCUUGAGCACGUGCAAAAUACCAGGAAGAAAUUAUUUGGAGAUGAGACGUACAUAGAGACCCCCCCUCACUGUAAUCUGCAGCCCCAGCAGGUUUACUCUCUGACCACCAGUCCUGGAGGAGACUCCGUUGAAGUCCAGCCUACAGAUGCUGAAUUUCAUGAAAAGUACGAUGGCAAUUACUUCCCAGCAUUCUAUGUGACUUAUGAAAACAUGUUGAAACGUAUCCGACUGUUUCUAAAGGCCAACACCUCCCACAGCGUCUGGGAAAGACAAGUUUCUCUUCCUUCCUCUGGAUUACAACGGUCUGUUGGAUCAGCCCGUCUGCGUCUCCCUACAGCCGAACGUCUGCUGGAAGUCCGGAGCAGCCUCGUUGAGAGGAUCUCAGAAUCUAACCUCCUGAGACUGCUGGACAAACUCCUGGAGAAACAUGUGAUCACUGAUUCUGAAAUGGAGUCAGUAGAGGCGAAGAGAACCAAAACAGACAAAAAUCGUUGUGUUAUUGAUACGGUGAGGAGAAAAGGUGAAAAUGCCAGUUCAGAGAUGAUUGAAAUUCUCAAAGACCUCGACCCGUUCCUCUGUGGAGAUCUGGACUUGAUCUGAAGAGGAACUGACCACUCAAUCUGGGCAUGUGUAGAAAUGAUGUGUGGAUUUAAAAGUAGUGAGUUUUUAAAUCCCAAUAUUUAGUGCUACUGACCAGAUCCAGCAGGGGAACAAAAACAUUCCCUCUUCUUCUGCUGCAGUGUUUCCACAAGUCGGAAGUUUGAACGCUGGCGUUUGGUGGGAGGAGCCGGAAAUGAUGUGACACUUUGUUCCACGUUGCUGUCGUCACCAGUGGGCGACACAUGAACUUUCUUGUCACAUGCUGCCCCCGCUGGUCAGAGGUGGAAUUCCUACAUGGAUCGGCUUUAAAAGUAUCGCCAUUUUUAUGACUCUUAUGUUUUGGUAUAACUACCGUAUGUACAUUUAUCUUCCAUAUUCAUAUAAAUGGACUUCAGAUAUGAAAACAUUGUAAAUGUAGGAUUUAAACAGGACACAAUAUGAAAAAGUUAGAUUUUUUCUGUAUUUCAGAACUUAUAUCAGGUGUCUUAGGUGUCACAGCUCAACUAAAAGAAAAGAUCCCCAAAACCCUUGAGAUUAGCGCUGGGAAGGUUUUAAAACCCUGAACUCUGUGAGAUCCAUCCAGAUCCUUCUUCAUCUUCAAACUUCAUUUCAUGCUGUGUUUGUUGUGUUUCAGAAGUUUGUAGCAUAAAGUUUUAUCUCUGAACUCAAAUAAGGUUUAUCCCAUGGAGAAGGGGGUGGAGUCAAGUGUCUGACUCCGCCCCCUAAACCCAGCUGUAAAGUUUGGUUGAAAAGAUCGCUGUUGCUCUGUAACUAUGUGAUCAAUAGAAACAAUAUUUCAGAACAAUUUCAGGAAACUGUCAACGAUUAUAAUAUGUCUCCUUUAAUCAUUUUAUUUUACCCUUUGAGAAAAACAUUAUGACUUUAAUCUUCUGCAUUUUUAGUAAUAAAUACUGUAGUUACUGGUGUCUUUUUCACAUUAAUGGUCUUUAUUUUUACAUUUAGUGACACAAAAAAAGGAGAAACCAAAAUGAAUUUUUAUCUUGAUGUUACAUUUAUAAAGAAAACACACAAACACUCCUCAGAGAAUGACGUCCGUUUUCUUUUUGUUUCUCAAGAAUCUAAAUAAAUUCAGACUCAGAGUCUGUAACUGAUCAAUC